ACAUUUAUCUCAGCAUUUUCCACAAUUUCGGAGAGGUCAUAUUAUCUUAUUAGUUUUAGGUACACACUACAAAAGAAAAACGAUACAAAAAAAUAUUAAGAAAUUUUAUAACAACGACACAAGUUGAUCUGUUUUCGGUAUUUUACAAUUAUCCUCAUUACGACGAAAAAGGAGUUGCAGUUCUGUGUGUCAAUAUACAUCAGGAGUUGUCAAAUCGAUCUCCUUCCGCUCGUGUGGUUACACUGUAUCCAUGUACACGCGUUUUAUUUACUGUAUUAGGUCUCUCCCCGUUUACAGAGCGCCGCCAGUCCGUUUACGCAUCGCAGGACCAGCGUGGGUCCUCGCAAGCCGGCUUUCCGAGCGUUUCUACAUGAACAUGGAGCGGGCGGUAGUCAGAUGCGUGCCCUCGGAGAGCAAGCUGACCAUAUCAUUCGUGCUGGAUGGCAGUCAGAAGCACAUGCUAAGGGAUCAGGCGGAGCAGCUCGGCUGCGUCCUGGCCCGAAUCGCCAACAACGCCGCCAAGGGCCACGGCAAGGCAGGCAAGAUAAAAAGAAAUAAAGCGGAUCAGUGUCCGGCGCCCAAGCCCGUGGUCAGGCUGUCCUACAAUGGCGAAUUCGUGGCGGAGGACGCCGUGAAUGCGGACGCCUGGCAGGACGGCGCUGUCCUGCAUGUGGGGGACUGUAAGUACUCGGUAGAGAGGAAUCCCCCGACUCUCACCACCGCCGAGUUGCCAGCAUCCCUGCUUGCCGGUUUCCCCGUCUGCCCAAAACUCAGGAUCGAAUUCGGGGACCUGGAUCGCUGCCUGUUUACGUGGUACAAGGAGCGGGUCCCCGACGCUGAGGGCGACGACUGCUGGGUAGAGGCCGGGGAUAAGCGAGUGUUCACGCCGUCUAACUCGGACAUCGGUUUGAGGAUGAAAAUGCGGUGCACGCCUGGGGACGGGGCGAGGUUGGGAUCGCCCGUGGAGGUGACGACCGCGGCCGCCGUGGAGGCCGGACCGGGCGCAUGUACCUUCGACAACCGGCACAUGUACACGAAUAAAAUCACGGUUGAGCCGGUCGUCCGGGUGGUGUCUUAUAAUAUUUUAGCGGAUGUGUACGCGCAGACAGAAUUCUCCAGGACGGUCUUGUACCCGUACUGCGCCCCCUAUGCGCUGGGUAUAGAUUACCGGCAAAAUCUCAUCAAGAAGGAGCUGGCAGGCUAUAACGCCGACAUCCUCUGCCUCCAAGAAGUUGACAAGGGUGUGUUUAGUGACAGCCUGUCGCCGGCGCUCGAUGCCUUCGACCUGGAUGGCGUCUUUAAGAUCAAGGAGAGGCAACAUGAAGGCCUGGCGACGUUUUUCCGGAGGUCCCGGUUUGCGGUGCUGGGCCGCCACGACAUCGCGCUGUGCGACGCGCUGAGCUCGGACCCGCUACACGCCGACUUGCUGGAGCGCAUCUCCGCUACCCCGGCACUCCGGGACAAGGUGUUGGAAAGGAGCACGGUGUUACAGGUAACUGUGCUGCAGUCUUCGAAAGACCUGUCCAGGAAACUCUGUGUGGCAAACACCCACUUGUACUGGCAUCCUAAAGGUGGACAUGUACGGCUGAUCCAGAUGCUGGUGGCACUGAGGCACCUGCAGCGGGUUAUUUCAGAGGUGCACCCUGGGGCCGCACUGCUCUUCGCGGGCGACUUCAACAGCGCCCCAUCCUCAGGCGUACUCCAGCUGGUCACCCAGGGCGACGUGGCCGAGAGUCAUGAGGACUGGGCCUCGGACGGCCUGGAGGAGCUGUGCCCCAUGGAUGCGUCCAGCCCCUUCCGGCUGGUGAGUGCGUGCGGGGAGCCAGCCUACACAAACUAUGUGGGUGGCUUCCACGGCUGCCUGGACUAUGUGCUGGUGGAGCCACGUACCCUGGAGGUGGAUCAGGUGAUCCCCAUGCCAUGUCACCAGGAGGUCACCACCCACCAGGCUCUGCCCAGCGUCUCACAUCCCUCCGACCACAUCGCCCUGGUCUGUGACCUCAUAUGGAAGUGAUAGGUGUGCAUUCUCUGACUUCUUGGAAAUGUAAACUUUCCUUUCUUAUACAUUUACAUUGCUGCAGUAAGCAAAACCCCCUUGUGGUCGUAUGCAUUGAAUCAGGAGUGUCCCAUAGCCACAUCCACUCCACCGACCAUCUGGCCUGAGAGUGAGGUGUGAGCACAGCCCUCCAGGUGCUGUCCUGCUGAGGUCCACCUUGGCCUGUUCUGGAGGCAGACCCUGCCUGAGUCCCAGUCGCAACUGAGCUGGGCUGUUAAAUUGUGAUGUAACACACCCUUUAUGAAGAAGGCCAACAUUAAGGGCUUUCAAAGACCUUUUUGCAAAUGGGAACUGGAUAUCUUUGAUUUACAUACGCACCUGUUUUGACAUGAUUUAGAAACCGUAACUUUGAGGGGUACAUACAGUUCAAGGAAUUUGAUAUUUUAUGGAUAAACAUUAUGCUUGUUUAAAUUAUGCUAACAGUCAUUUCUGUUGCCCAGGAUAUGUGACAAUUUACUUCAUGAUCUUAGGACACUGAUUAUUUGUUCUUUCCAGCAUGCACCAAGCCCAAAAGCAAUUAACUAAGUAGCACUGAAACUGCUUUGACAGAACUGUGCUCGUGUGUUUUGAGUGAGACACUUAGAAAACUGAAAGCUGGUUUAUGAAUAAUUGGCACCUAUUUAUUCUGUCUGUAAUGGCUAUUAAACUUCAUGUAAACUAAAAUAUGGUUUUAUAUAGGUGGCAGAAAAUGCACAAGCAGGACUAGUUAUUUGUGCUUUAGAAGUGUGGAAAUCACGAUGGUCUGGCUGAAAUUUUUCGCAAAUAUUUACUCUUUUGUUCGGGUACAUUUGCAUACUUAAGAAUUUUUCACAGAGCCAGUGUCAAGUUCAGUAGCAGAAUGAAAAUAUAAUUGCAGUCCUGUUUUGUCUAGUAUUUUCUGGUAGUAUGAAGGUUAGGGGGGAGGGCACUAAAAUAUUAGUUGACCAUUUAAAGCAUAGUCAACUUCAGUUACAGAAUCACAUGGUUUGUGGAGGCAGGUGCCACAGAGCCCCUGGCACUCCUACCCAAUCAACUAAAAAAAAAAAUACAUGAAGUUUUUGCCUUGUGUCAUUA